AUGACGCCCAUGAGCAAAGAGAAGUGGCUGCAAAGCCUGCCCGCAGACGAGCUCACAGGCGACGAGGUCGAGCUGCGACAGGCUCUGUUGGACUUCCUUAGCGAGCGGAUGCCCCCUUGGCAGUCGCUCUGCAUCGCGAUGUAUUCAGGCUUCUUGCUGGUCUUGAACUUAGACAUUGUGGUUUCCACUGCUGACCGAUAUGCCCAGACGCUUGGGGCCGACGAGGCAUUCAGUGGACUUGUAAUUGCCUUGACGCCUUUGUUCCAGGGCCUCAUUGGAAUUCCACUCAACUACUGGAUGUUGCAGUCAGGCACAUCUGUGAAGACGUUGUUGAUUCUGAUGGCCUCUGGCAGUGUUGCAGGAAACAUCGUCUACGCCCUUGCCGGGCUCAUGCGCUCCAGGUAUGCUAUCCUCUUCGCUCGCACCCUCAUCGGCAUUUGCCAGUGCCAGCUGGGCGGACCCAUCUACAUUGCCAAAGCUGUUGGUGUCAAGAAGAGAACGAAGGUCAUGUUUGUGUUCUCCGCCGUCGCCACCUUUGCAUUGACAGCAGCACCUCUGCUGUCGGCCCUGCUGGAAACCUUUGUCACUGAGCUUCGGAUAGAGAACUUGGUCUUGGAUGCAGACACGAUACCGGGCUGGUUCAUGGCGCUCACAUACUACCUCUUCUUGCUGAAGGUGGUGUUCUUCUUCGAAAACCCAGAGAAGGAGCUGCUUCCGGAUGUAAGUCCUUCCGCGGAGGAAAGCCAAGAGUCCAUGUGGACUACCGGCUUCUUCCUGUGCUUGUCUGCCGGCUUUGUUAGCACCAUGACGAACUCCGUGGCCAUCGUGUACUUCGUGAAGCUGGCACAGCACACCUGGGGCUGGAGCGUACCCGACACAGCCUUGGUCUUAGCCGCCCUGAUGGCCAUCGUGUGCUUCCUUUCACUGGUGAGCAGCAGGCUGGCAAAACUUGUGGAAGACAGGCGUGGCUUGCAGCUGAGCACCAUCUCUGCCGCAGGAUGUUCGGUGCUUACCUUCCAGUUUACGCCGGUCUGGUCCGUCGCCGCUAUGGGGCUCACGUUGGCUGGUUUGUUGUUCCUGCUGUCCUCAAGUUCGGUGGUCAAGAACUACGCCUAUGCACUGGCACCGAAGAUCGUACCACCGCAAUUCAAGGAUCGGGCUGGCACACUGAACAUGCUAGCGCUGACUUUUGGUCGAGGUGUCGGGGCGCAAGUGGGAGUCCUCCUCACUUCCCAUACCUUUGCAGCAUUUCUGCUGGGCACAUACCUUUUGCUUUUUGCUUGUAUUUCUGUCUUCGGGUUUGGCAUGAGGCAUUCAGUGCCUUUGUGUGACACGCCGGAGAUGUCUCAAAGACAGCAGGACACGUGCAGGAGGAGCUUGCGCGUGCCCUGUGCUGCUUUGGAUUUGAAAAGGCCUGGCAAAGGCAAAGGUGGCGCCAGCGCCCCCUUGCUGAACGAGGUGCUGCGCGACCCUUCCAUCUCCCGGCUGCGUGCAGCACUCCUGCCCUACAAUGUUCCGCUUCAGGAGUGGUUGGAGGCCAGGAUAGGCGGAGAGAUUGAGGUGCGAGCCAAUCAGAAGGGCCAGCAGGAAAUGGUGCGCAGGAGUGCGGAGGCGGAGGCAGAGCCGGAGCCUGAGCAGGAGGACGUGGGCGAGAUCUUGGACGCGCUGCCCCAAGACGCAUUGACGGACGAGGAGCUCGAGCUCCGGGAGUCCGUGCUGGAGCUGGUCUCAUCGCAAGCGAUGUCCCUGCACCAUGUUAGUCAACACCCGAGCGUGCUGACCGCCAAGCGGAAAUUCCUUCCUGACGAGGUACCUCUGCGCGAUUGGAUCGACCGCCGCAUUGGAGGGGAGGUGGAGGUCACAGAAGACGACCGCGUGCGCUCCCGGACGGCGGCCACUGAGGAGGAACCCCCAGCUGCGCCACCUGCGCGCGAGGGCAAAGGCAAGGGCAAAGCCAAAGCUCACAACGGAGAUCGUGCACAAGGCCACGCGUCUCCUACGGACCAAGAGAACUUCUUCCUCAGCCUGCCCGCGGAGAAGCUCACGGAUGCCGAGGAAGUCCUCCGCGAUGCCAUCCUCAACUUCCUGGAGCACUGGACGGCCGAGGAGUGCUCUUAA